CUUUCACUUCACUUCACAGGCUCCAACGCAGACCUGCCUGCACGCACUACCCUGCCCGGUCUGUGCUAGCUCGCAUGGCUGGCCCGCCGCUGUCCCGCUGUCCCGCUGUCACCACUACUAACACACUGACAACCGCCUGCCCUCACCGCGACCACAGACGGCGGCGACGGCGACGGCGGUAGCGGCGGCGGCAGGGAGAUCGUCGUGGCGGUUGGCGGUUGGCGGCUCCCAAAUUCCAGUUCUGCAUGGGACAUGACAUGUGCCUGGGCGAGCCAUUGCGUGCCUUAUCCACCUCACUGAAUACUGACUACCUAUAUGCACUUGUACCGCACGCUGCGACCGUGAACGAUAUUGCCUAUACCAUCAUCACACAUGUACAUGGAGAGCUGAGUGGGAAGCAGGGUCGUGUCUGCGGAGCGUGCACAGUUGAACCUAGUACCUGUCUCAAUACAGGGCUAAGGUAUAUGCAUACAUACUUUGGGGGUCUACCGAGCAACCGAGCGACCAACGAUGGCAGCAUCUGCUGCUGAGCUGCUGCUGAUGGAGAGCCCGCAGAGCACCAACACCGUCGACGACGGCGAGCACAUCCAUCGCCGUCUGCAGACAUAUCUCCAUGGCCGCGAUACAUGUCCAACAACACCCACGACUCCUCCCACGGCCACGACCAACAAAUCCAGGACCCGAGCCACGUACGCUCUGUUCCCCACUCCCGUUUCUUACCCACAAGCACACGCCUCUGACACACUCGCGCGUGCUCGUCCUCGCCUGGUGGAACAGAUGAGCUCUUCCCACCGCGCCGUCACCACCGAUACCACUCCCCCCACUACCACUUCCUCAGCGCACGUCUCAGCUCCCGUCGACACCUCGCCUUCUUCGCCCUCGUCUCCGCACGUCAUCAACCCCGCCACCAUCCCGACUCGGACCAGCUCAAACCGCGCCAUCUCCCACCACAGCAGGAACAGCUACGGCGGUGGCGACGGCAAUACUCUGCUGCUGCAUCGACUCUCGAAGAAACACCGUAGCCAGCACAGCUUGGGCGCCGCGCGCGAGAACAAGCGCUUGCCGCAAGUGGACGAGCGCGUGUGGAUGUCCCAGGGACGCAAUCACACGCAGAAGGCUGCCGCCAGUCCGGCUCCACGCGACACCCAGUCACCACCCACCGACAUUGGAGCCGACCUGAUCGAUGGCAGCGGCAGCAGCUGGAGUCAAGAGAAGGAGAAUAUCCUGAAAGGGCCCUACACCUACCUCGAGUCGCAUCCUGGCAAGGACAUCCGAGCACAGCUCAUCAAUGCCUUCAACGAAUGGCUCUUGGUGCCCGCUUCUUCAUUGGCCGUCAUCACGCGGGUCGUUGCGCUGCUCCAUACCGCCUCCCUUCUGAUUGAUGAUGUCGAGGACAACUCCCAACUGCGCCGCGGUAUUCCUGUGGCCCACUCCAUCUUUGGCACUGCGCAGACGAUCAACAGUGCCAAUUACGUCUACUUCUGCGCACUCCAAGAGCUUCUGACUCUCAACAAUCCCGUGGUCAUUCAAAUCUAUACCGAAGAACUCCUCAAUCUGCAUCGCGGGCAAGGCAUGGAUCUCUUCUGGCGAGAUACCUUGACCUGUCCCACGGAAGACGACUACCUCGAAAUGGUAGGCAACAAGACGGGCGGGCUGUUCCGAUUCGCGAUUAAAUUGAUGUGCGCGGAAAGUCCGUCGCAUAAUUUCAAUCCCAAUCCGGAUCUGCCUCACCUACCAGCGGAUUAUAUUCCCUUGGUCAACACCAUUGGCUUGCUCUUCCAAAUUCUGGACGAUUACCGCAAUCUCUCCGAUACGAGUUAUACCCAAAACAAGGGACUUUGUGAGGAUCUCACCGAGGGCAAAUUCUCCUUUCCUAUCAUCCACGCGAUUCGCUCAGACCCGAACAAUCUCGUUCUCAUCAAUAUCCUGAAGCAGAAAACGACCGAUGAUGAGGUCAAACGAUAUGCCGUGCAGUACAUGGAGAGCUGCGGAAGUUUCUCGUACUCACGACGAGUGUUGCGAGGGUUGACGAAAAAAGCCAUCAGUCUGGCGGAUGAGAUUGACCAGAGGGCGGGCGCGCAACAGGGCAAGGGAGAGUCGGUCAAGCAGAUACUCGAGAAGCUGAGGGUGGAUAGCGCAAAGCACUCGAGGGCGAGCGCUAGUGCCUAGCUGGCAAUUGUACAGGUCACGUCUGCUGCGACGACUGUUUCUCGACUUAGGUUCUCAACGUCGCUUGUUUUUUUUUCUCUCUUUUUUUUUCUUCCUGUCGCGUACCUUAGCCAGCCAGCAUCGGGGUGCAUGGAUUUUGUGAUACCAUUUUGACAAAGCUUGCGGGGGACUUGGAAAACAAAACACAAUUGGAUCGACAUAGUGUAUUACUUGGUAGUCAUGAAGAAAAUGGGCCUACCAUGGUCAACUUUCUUUUACUGGCGACUUUCAUCAUCGAGGCUCGUUUUCGAAAAAAGGAGUACAUUUCCACAACGCCCACGCACAGUCAGUCGUACAUGGUCCCAGCAACGCCUGACACCUAACUAAUCCCAUGCGCCGUGGACACAUUGGCCCGGUUGCCUUUUGCUCUCGCAUUCACUCCCCGCGAGACACUUUCCGAGGAAGGCUCUGUACACUUCACAAUGGUUGCAAUAGCUGGCACACUUGAUCGAGAGACUGCUGUCUCAUGCCUUGUCACUCUCGCAGUUGACGCAGAAGCGGCCCUCGAUGAUCAUCCUAGAGCUCUCUCCUCCUCAACCUGGGCUCCCUCAUUUGACAACCUCAUCAAACUGAAGGGUCAAGGCUCGCCCCCCACGGGCAUAUUCAGCCCAUGGGCCAGCAUCCUCAGACUGUGACCUCGCUACCCAGCUUCCUGGCCAGUGUGUUCAACUCUGCAAAGGACUCCUUCCACUCUUGCGCGCUGUCUGCAGCUCCUUUUCCUGGCGUGGGCGUAAUCAUCACCACACUCGUUGGUCGCUUCGUGCUCCCUGCUGAUCCGAGUUCUGCUCUCGAUGGUACGUAGAUGUAAGGAAUUCCGUGAUCUUCGCAGAGCACCGGGAUGUGUGAGAUCACGUCCAUGGGGCUGAUGUCCGCGGCGAGAAUCACGAUUCCGGGGGGGAGAGUGGCAGGGUUGAGAGACGAUGGGGUCGCGGCGGGCGAUUUGCGAAUGGAUUUGACGCAUUCCUUGACACCACGUUUUAUCGCUUUGGAUUUGGCGGCCUUCUUGACGGAUUUGAGCACUUUUUUCUGGUCCUUCUCGCUCGCGAGAGGGUUCGCAAAGGGCACAAGAGCUGCGAUUCCAACUUCACUUGCAGUCGUCACGCCCUUCUUCUCGCCCGACUCUUCCUCGGCCGGUGCAGCAACGGACACUUCAGUAUUAUCAAUGUCCAUCGCUGAGGAAUCCGCGACGUCGCUUUUGCGAGACUUCUUCGACUUCUUUUCCUUCUUUGGUGUUGCUACGACAUCUUCUUCAACCUCGUCGUGCUUGCGCUUCUUCUCCUUCUUCUCCUUCUUGGCCGCAAUCUCGGCUGCAGACUUGUCCUUACCCAUGAUGAGAAACGACGCGGUCGGUGUUGAUGUGGGGAAAUGUGGUGUGGGUGGUGAAGUCGUGGUGGUCGU